CAGAAUUAACACAUGUUGGGUCAUAUACCCACACACUCUAUAAUUACAAUAAUACUUUUCUUUUGAGUUAUUUCCUCGAUAUUUGUCCCAUUGUAGAUAUAUUGUAUUUGUUUAUUUUUAUUUGUAUUUUGUGCACGUACAUCUCUUUCGGUCCUUCUUGAUUUUUUUUUGUCCGACAGUCCGUGAACUCCCGUGACCUCGGUUUACGCAUGCGCAUUCAGCAUUCUAAUAUGGCUGCCACAGGCUGGCCUGAGUGUGCAAAGAGUUUGAAAGGUGUCAUUUUGGACUUGUGUGGAGUGUUGUAUGACAGCGGUGAGGGGGAUGGUGUUGCUAUUUCUGGCUCCGCUGCAGCUGUGAAGAAGCUUAAAGAAUCUGACCUGCAAUUGCGUUUUUGCACCAACGAGACUCAAGCAACCAGGGAGAAGUUUGUUGGUAAACUUCAGAGACUAGGCUUCGACAUUUCAGUGUCUGAGGUCUUUCCUCCUGCUCCUGCAGCCAUAGCAGUCCUCAAGGAAAGAGGUUUACGACCCCACCUGCUGGUGCAUGACGGACUUCUCGAUGAGUUUGAUGGAGUUGACAAGUCAAACCCAAACUGUGUUAUCAUCGGAGAUGCAGCUGAAAACUUUUCUUACAAGAACCUAAAUGAGGCGUUCACUGUCCUUAUAGGCUUGGAAAAGCCAGUGCUAUUCUCUCUCGGUCAAGGCCGUUACUACAAAGAGACGGAUGGCUUGAAAUUAGAUGUUGGUGUUUACAUGAAGGCCCUCGAGUAUGCAUGUGAUUUAAAGGCGGAAGUCAUUGGAAAACCAUCCCCAACAUUCUUCCAGAGUGUUCUAAAUGACAUGGGACUUCAACCACAUGAAGUGCUGAUGAUCGGAGAUGAUCUUGUAAAUGAUGUAGGUGGAGCUCAAAGGUGUGGAAUGAAAGGUGUGCAAGUUAGGACAGGAAAAUACAGGCCCAGUGAUGAGAAACACCCAACAGUAAAAGCUGACGGUACUGUGGACAACCUGGCCCAGGCUGUGGACAUGAUCCUGAGUCAGAGAUUACACUAAAUCCACAGCAACGGACGCCCAGGACUCUCCGUUCACUCCUGUAGCUCAUAAAAGUGUUGUUUCAGAUGGGAAGUGGGCUCCGUGUUUGGGUAAUUUCACACAAAACUGUCCAAACAUCGCAAGAAUUGAACAGAACUUUCCAUAUACAGUAGAUCCUGUAUAAACUAUUACAACUCACUGCAAUGUCAAACGCAGCCAUCUGCUGCUCCACAUACACCGCCUCACUAACUCUACUAAAAUUUGAUUCGGGUCUGCAAGAGAUAGCUGUGAAUGCUUUACAGUUGCACUGCGCGUUUGUCGGUGCGUGACUCGCAUAGAUAAGAUACCUCAAGCUGACACACAUGUGCCUGCAACCAGCUGCUGAUUGACAGUUAUGAGGAAAGUAAUGCCGCUCAGACUACCUGCUACGCGAGGGCGACACAGCUGUGUACGUUUAGUUAUUAAAUGUGAGUCGGGUUUAUUUGAGGAAACUCAAUGUAAGAAUAAUAUUAGAGUCUAAAAUAAAGUUAUUUCACUAA